GAGUCCACGCCGGGUGGCGGUGCCGCCGCCGGGCCGAGGCGUCGCUGGGGAGAAGUCCAGCUGCUGUGCGAGUGACACCCGGCUCAAGCCCCGUCUUGGAACCCUCUGCCUUCGCCCGCCCAGAGAUGAGGGGGCGGGGUCGGGCCGCGCGCCGGGAAAAGCGAGCGGGCGGGCGCGCAGGUAGCUUCCUCCUCAGGGCCCAGGCGGCGGCGAGCGCGGCGUCCACGCAGUUGGCGGCGGAGGCGGACGAGAAGAUGCCACUGUCUCCGCCCUCGCAAGGCGAACCCGGGGAGUCCAGCCCGUCCAAGGCCCCCAAGAAGCACGGCACUUUCCACAUCUGGCGCUGCAAAAAGAAGCCGCAGCCUGCGCCGUCGGACUGUGGCGUGUUCGUCCCGCACCCGCCCCACGCGCCAGUCGGCGAGGCCAGAGCUUUGGAUAUACCAGAUGGAACCCAAGAGGAAUCACAGGAAUUUACAAUGUACUGUGAGGAAUCCCAUACCACCCGUGAGCUCCCUGGCCCUUCAUCUACAGACUCUAGAACAUUUAAAAAGUCCAGAGCACAACCACCAGAAGACAACAGAAGGAAACCAGUUUUGGGGAAACUUGGCACUCUGUUUACAGCUGGAAGGAGAAGGAACAUCAGAAAUGGGAUAGAGAGUCCCAGUCCCACCAGCUCAAACGCCAAAUCUCUCUCCCCCCAAAAUGGAAACUCUUCUAAACUCCCUGAAAGAGAGAGUGAGAAGAGCAAAAUUCCGUGCAGCCAACUAAAGCAACCAGACCUGAGCGAGGCGGGUUCCCCCCGGGAGCAGCCCCCGGAGGCUGAGGCCAAGGAUGUUGAGGGACGUAUCCAGGCAACCCCCGCCGACGCCGAGCUGGAGCUGUCACCUGCGUCGAGCAGCAGUGCAGCAGUAGUGCAGCAGUGCCAUGAUUCACCCCAAUUAGAACCUCUUCAGGCAAAGGGAGAGACCUUCCCAGAUGCCACCACCGCUGCCAAGCAGCUGCAUUCCUCACCUGGGAAUUCCUCCAGGCGAGAGAACGCAGAGACACCUGCCCGCAUUCCGGGGGAGGACGCCGUGCCCGGCGCUGGCCGUGAACAGGAGACCGCGCGAGGUGCGCCGGGGUCGCCCACCGGGGCAGGACUAGGCGAGGCCCCCGACGGAGCCCCCCAAGUGGGUCCUGAAGGAAGUACUUUGCUUCCCCUGGACGCAGGCAGCCAGCCCCCGGAAGACGCUUCCGCUCUGCCGAGCGACCCUCCAGCCCAGGGCGCAGAGAAUAGGGCCGUCUCCGAGGAGCCUAGCGGCACAGCCCGGCCCGCGGAGCGCGCCCACCCCGCCAAAGUGUUAACUUUGGAUAUCUACUUGAGCAAGACCGAGGCGGGGCAGGUGGACGAGCCGGUCGUAAUUAUACCCGGGGCAGAAGAUUGCGGUGAUUCCGACAUGGAGAAGAGGUCAAGCGGCCGCAGGUCCGGUCGACGAAGGAAGUCGCACAAAUCCACGGACUCCCUCGGCGCCGACGCCGCGCUGCCCGAGAGCCCAGCCCCGGACGACGCGGUGUUCGACGAUGAGGUGGCGCCAAACGUCUCAGUUUCCGCUGAAAUGAAAGUGAAAUUUCCGCGGGCGGCCCUCGACGGGGGCGUUGCCUCCACGGCUAGCCCAGAAUCCAAGCCCGGCCCCAAAGGGCAGCUCCGCGGGGAGUCGGACCGCAGCAAACAGGCUCCCUCGGCCUCGGCCUCGGGCUCGUCCCCCACCAAGAGGAAGGGCAGGAGCCGCGCCCCGGAGCCCUUGCCCAGCUCUCCAGCCAGCGCUCCCCGGGCUACCGCCAAGGAGUUGCCACCCAAGAGAGCGCCCGCGCCCGACCCCGGCCCGAACACUAAGGGCGCCUUGACCAUCUACGGGGAGGAAGUGGCCCGGGUGAUCCCUCGUGAGCUUACGGUCAAGAGCAGCUCUCUGCUGCCGGAGAUCAAACCCGAGCACAAGAGGGGCCCUGUCCCCAACCACUUCGAUGGCCGGGGGGAGGGAGGCCGAAGCAAAGAGCAGGGCAGGUCGGCUGGAGCUUCUGAGGCUGACGGCUUGAAGCCCAGGAACCAUUUCGGUGUGGGCAGGUCGACGGUGACCACAAAAGUGACCCUACCUGCCAAACCCAAGCAUGUGGAACUAAAUCUUAAAACCCCUAAGAAUCCUAAUAGUUUGGGAAACGAGCAUAAUCCAUUUAGCCAGCCAGUUCAUAAGGGAAACACUGCCACCAAAAUCUCCCUAUUUGAAAAUAAACGGGUAAAUAAUAGCCCAAGACUCACUGACGUUCGAGCCACAAGGAACACUUCUGCCUCUAAUAAGACAUUUGUUGGGAGGGCAAAGUUGAAUUUGGCCAAAAAAGCUAAGGAAAUGGAGCAACCCGAAAAGAAAGUAGUGCCAAACAGUCACCAGAAUGGUGGCCUGGUGAAAGAACAGUCUGCAGAAACCAAAGUUCCUCUCCCUGAAGAAGAGAUUCUCCCAGCACCCAGACAAAGGGGAGGAGAGCCCACAAAGGGUCAAGCUUCUGGUCCUCAGCCCAACCAAGAUGAUACAGAAAAUGUGCAAACAGAUGCUGGCUGCCCCUCAGAACCAGUGGCUACUGCUCUGAUUCCUAUCCAGCACCAGAAACUCUUAGAAGAUGACUCUGAGGCUGCUGACAGCAAAAGACUUGCACUCGAACAUCUGAUGGAUACAGCACAAGAUGUCCCCUCUGCUCUUGAUAGCAAACAUUUACCUCCAAAGCCACAAGAUACAUUUGCUGACUCACAGCCCCCAGCUGAGCCUUCUCUCCCACUACCUGCCCCAAUUCCUGUGGAUGUUUCCAAAGAUGUAUGUGCUCAAGGUCCCAUAAGCAGUUUUCCAUGCACUGAUCUAAAAGCGUCAGAAAACCAUAAUGGAUGUAUUUUGCCUAUGUCUCACCACAGCAAGAAAAUGCCACUCUCCAAAGUUGGGGAAGGGGGAGAAGCAAACCCUCCUUUGUCUCCAGAGAGCAGCUCAGAAGCUGUGGGAAAUGAGUAUCCAUCCAAGGUCCUUGUCCAAGUCAGGUCCUUUGUACUUCCUGUGGAGAACCCCCAGGAUGUGAGCUCCCACAUCAUCUCAGAGAGCUCUGAAGUUAGAGAAGUGCAGUUGCCAAGUUGUCACAAUAAUGAACUUGAGGUGGUUUCUGUUGCAAGUUGUACUCCCCAGCAAGAGGAAGUAGUGGGCAAUACAAGCACAUCACCCAAGCACACUUGUUGCAAAGAAGAAGAAAUAGCAAAGUCUGACUCAUAUCUCAUACCAGCUGAAUCUGAGAAAGCUUUGCCUACCCACGCUCAAAGUGAGGGCAGCCGAUUACCUCCAGUGGCUGAGUCCAGCCCCAAUAACUCUCCAAGCAGCAGAGUUUAUUCAGAAACUCCUCAAAGACGAGAUCAGAAUGUUGUGAAUAGCCAGGAUACCCCUGCUAGUCUUUUGAAUGUCUCUGCUGGUAGCGAUGACAGUGUAUUUGAUUCUUCUUCUGAUAUGGAAAAAUUUACUGAAAUUAUAAAAAAGAUGGACAGUGCAGUUUGUGUGCCUCAGAAGAAGAAGAAGGUCAGAAUGCCAAACUCUCCUGCCCCUCAUUUUGCCAUGCCUCCAAUUCAUGAGGACAAUUUAGAAAAGGUGUUUGAUCCCAACGUGUUCACUGUUGGUUUGGGAAAGAAGGAAAGCCAGCUAGAAAUGUUACCCGCUUUACAUCUGAUGCAGAGCCUGGACCCCAAAUCUAAACUGAGACCCAAACGUGCAUCCGCUGAAAACAGUGUCAUCUUUAAGUCCUUGCACGGCAACAUUAAUGGGAAAAGUGAAUCUCCGGUGACUCCAGAGAUAAAUGACAAAGAGAACAGGGAUAUUGUCAAUGGUGGAGUUAAAAGGUCAAGGCUUGAAAAAAGUGCACUUUUCUCAAGCAUAUUAUCUUCUUUACCGCAAGACAAAAUCUUUUCUCCUUCUGUGACAUCAGUCAAAACUAUGACCACAUCUUUCAGCACUUCUCAGAACAGUUCCCCAUCUCUGACUUCAGUGGGACAGCCCACAACUCAGGGUGCCCUGCCCAGUGGCUCCAACAAAGAACAGCCAAAUCUUCUGCCCCAUAACUCCUUAAAGGUCUUUAAUUUCAACUCAUCAAAUACUUCUCAUUCAAGUGUGAAAAGUCCAAGCCACAUGGAAAAGUACCUUCAAAAAGAGGAAACCAAAGAAGAUCUGAAUUCACGAAGCAACCUGCACAUGCCAGAAACUAAAUUUUCCAAACUGAAGAACAGUGAUGAUAUGGAAAAGACUAAUCAUAUUGAAAGUGUUCUUAAGUCAAAUUUGCCAAACCUUGGAAACAGUGACGCUGAUUUCACAGAUCUUUUUAAAUCAAGCCGAUAUGAUCCAGGCAUUUCUUUUUCUGCAAUGUCAUUAUCUGACACAAUGACACUUAGAGGAAGUGUGCAAAAUAAACUCAAUCCCAGACCUGGAAAGGUGGUGAUAUUCACUGAACCCGAUGUUUCUGAGAAGAAUAUUGAAGUUUUCAGCAACUUUCAGGAUUGCAGUUCCUGGAAGCUGUCUCCAGUGGUACUUAUAAAAGUUGUUAGAGGAUGUUGGAUUUUAUACGAGAAACCAAAUUUUGAAGGGUACUCCAUCCCCUUAGAAGAAGGCGAAUUAGAACUCUCUGGCCUCUGGAGUAUAGAAGAUAAUAUGGAAAGAAAUGAGGAAGUAGAAUCUGACAAGCCUGUAGUGAUUGGUUCAAUGAGACAUGUGGUCCAGGAUUACAGAGUUAGUCAGAUUGACUUAUUUACUGAGCCAGAAGGGUUAGGACUCCUAAAUUCCUACUAUGAUGAUGCUGAGGAAAUGCAGGGAUUUGGUGUCAUGCAGAAGACGUGUUCCAUUAAAGUGCAUUGGGGAAUAUGGCUGAUAUACGAGGAGCCUGGAUUUCAAGGUAUCCCUUUCAUCCUGGAACCUGGUGAAUACCCUGACUUAUCCUUCUGGGAUACAGACGCAGCAUACAUUGGAUCCAUGCGGCCUAUGAAAAUGGGUGGCCGUAAAGUUGAAUUCCCCACAGAUCCAAAGAUAGUUAUUUAUGAAAAGCCUUUCUUUGAAGGACAAUGUGUGGAACUAGAAACAGAACUGUGUAGUGUUAUCACAGAGGAAGGCAAGGCAGAGGAAGCAACCGGAGGUGGUCCUGUACCCGUUAUGUCCGUGGGGUCUAUGAAAGUACUGAGAGGCAUUUGGGUUGCUUACGAGAAGCCUGGAUUUACAGGUCAUCAGUAUUUGCUAGAAGAAGGCGAAUACAAGGACUGGAAAGAUUGGGGAGGUUACAAUAGAGAACUUCAGUCUUUGCGACCUAUAUUAGGUGAUUUUUCAAAUUCUCACAUGAUAAUGUACAGUGAAAAAAACUUUGGAUCCAAAGGUUCCACUAUUGAUGUAUUAGGAAUUGUUGCUGAUUUAAAGGAGACCGGAUAUGGAAUGAAGACACAGUCUAUUAAUGUACUGAGUGGAGUAUGGGUAGCCUAUGAAAAUCCUGACUUCACAGGAGAACAGUAUGUUCUUGAUAAAGGCUUUUACACCACUUUUGAGGACUGGGGAGGCAAAAAUUGUAAGAUCUCUUCUGUUCAACCCAUAUGUUUGGAUGCUUUUGCUGGCCCCAGGAGACAAAAUCAGAUUCACUUGUUUUCGGAACCACAGUUUCAAGGUCAAAGUCAAAGUUUUGAAGAGACAACAAGUCAAAUUGAUGAUUCAUUUUCUACCAAGUCUUGCAGAGUUUUAGGAAGCAGCUGGGUUGCAUAUGAUGGAGAAAAUUUUUCUGGUAACCAAUAUGUGUUGGAAGAAGGUCACUAUCCUUGUCUCUCUGCAAUGGGAUGCUUGCCUGGAGCGACUUUCAAAUCUCUUCGGUUUAUAGAUGUUGAAUUUUCCGAGCCAACAAUUAUUCUUUUUGAGAGAGAAAACUUAAAAGGAAAAAAGAUUGAACUUAAUGCAGAAAUAGUUAAUCUCCAAUCCCUGGGAUUCAACACACAAAUACGUUCUGUUCGGGUUAUUGGUGGCAUAUGGAUUACUUAUGAAUAUGGAAAUUACAGAGGCCGGCAGUUCCUACUGUCACCAGCAGAAGUACCUAACUGGUAUGAAUUCACUGGCUGUAAACAAAUAGGUUCUCUACGACCUUUUGUUCAGAAGCGAAUUUAUUUCAGACUUCGAAACAAAGCAACAGGGUUGUUCAUGUCAACCAAUGGAAACUUAGAGGAUCUGAAGCUCCUUAGAAUACAGGUCAUGGAAGAUGUCGGUGCUGAUGACCAGAUUUGGAUUUAUCAAGAAGGAUGCAUCAAAUGCAGGAUAGCAGAAGACUGCUGCCUGACCAUCGUGGGCAGCCUAGUCACCUCGGGCUCUAAACUAGGCCUGGCGCUUGACCAAAAUGUCGACAGUCAGUUCUGGUGCAUGAAGUCAGAUGGCAGAAUCUACAGCAAGUUGAAGCCAAACUUAGUUUUAGAUAUCAAAGGGGGUUCACAGUAUGAUCAAAAUCACAUCAUCCUCAACACAGUCAAUGAAGAGAAGCUAACACAAGUGUGGGAAGCCAUGGUCCUAUAAAUCUGAACAAAGAACAGAAGAGCAGCCUUUCUGGAGGACUCUGCAGUCAUCAGCCACUUAAUUAAGAAGCACAGGAGGGCAGUGCUGAUGGACGAGCCAAGUAGAAAGUGGGCCGACUCCCUAUCUCAGUCCCAAGUCAUUCUGCCUUGACUGGGAGAAUGAUAAACCAAUAAUUAGUCCUCCCCUCAUUUCUUGUUUUCAUUGCCUCAGUAACUACUUAAACAGGUUGCCUCAUUAGCAGCCUUUAGGUGUUUUUAAAGGUGUUAAGACUUCGAGACUGUGUACAUUUUAAAUUAUUUCCAAAGAUAGUGACAGAAGAGAACAGGACCAAAUUUACUAAUUCUGUGGACCUACAAAUCUUUUACACUUUAAAGGGAACGGUAAACGCCUCCAUUGUAUGGUAGGAUACCAUUUACCAUUUUAGAGGAAUGCUUUAUUAGGCCUGUACACUUGUUCUUGGCCUUAAUGUUUUCUGGAAUUACUAAUUAUUCUGGAAGGCAAAGUGGGAAAGCCUUAUAUGUUCAAAAAUGUAAAGCACUCAUACAACAAUACUAUUUUCUUUCAGUUAAUAUUGAAAAACUAGUAAACUUAUGAAAGUUCAGACUGUAUCUGCUAACAUUUAUUAGCAGGAUUUGGAUUAUUAUAGGGGCUGUUCUAGGAUGUCACAGUGAAUGUUCAGUGCCUUUCUUACAGCUGCUACUGGAACAGUAUUAUCACAGCCCAGUUUACUCAUCUACACCAUGUACUGAAGCUAUAUUCUACAGUUUUUUGCUAAACUCAGAACUUCUAGCCUAAUUUCCAGCCAUUACUGCUGGUAGGACAGGCAGGUAUCCAAGGCACUGCAGCCCUGAGCUCACUUCCUUCUAGUAGCAGAAAGAGGUGUGUGAUGCUUAGUGGACGAUCAGCAAUCAUCACCAGAAAGUAAAGGAGGAAACCCUAAGGGCUCUGUGCCUGAAAUGCACUAAGGGAUUCAAAAAUGCAAUGAAACCGUUUAAUUGUUGGCAGUACACUGGCCCAUAAUGUGUUGCUCUGUCAAGUUGUAGUUUUGAACAAAACUGGUAAAUAUUUCCUCGAGUACAUUCUUUCUCUUUGUCCUUAACACUAAAUACUGGUGCUCUUGUCUCAAGUAGAACAAAUCUUGUUUCCAUUUUAUGUGUUGAAGCACGUUUCUAAUUCUGAAAUGUGAUCCUCCCUGAUAUCCACAGUAGGCAACUGUGGCCAUGAGAAUAGUUUACCUUCAGUUCUAAGAUAUUGGUACAUCCAUGACAGCAUUCAACAUGCCUGUCUUGUUCUUACAUGUUUGUGUAGCUCUCAUUUUAGGCCUUUUGUCUGUAUCAUUACAAUAUGGUGGGUUAAGAUAUUCUAUAAUAGCCUGUGUGGAGUUUCUCUGGAAUAAACUUGUUUCUGGCUAACUAUA